AUGACAUACAAUUUAAGAUCUACUGUCUCAACCAUCCCAAAUGCAGAUCCAAUAAGAGUCGGUAUAAUAGGUCUCUCCUCUAAGAAAGGUUGGGCUGUCAAAACGCAUUAUCCUUCCAUCUUACAACUGUCUUCACAAUACCAAAUAACUGCAUUAUAUAACAAUACAAUUGAAGCGUCCAUCAGUACUAUAAGGGAUUUGAAAUUGACAAGUGCAACAGCAUUCCCAACUUUAGAAUCAUUUGCCUCCUCAUCUAAUGUGGAUAUGAUCGUCGUUUGCCUUGAGAAUGGUAAUCAUUAUGAUAUGUUAAUACCGUUGUUAGAAUUUUCAGAAACAAAUAUGAACCUGCGAUAUUUAUUUGUAGAAUGGCCUUUGAGGUCAUCAGAAAAAGAGGUUGAAGAAAUCUGCAAGUUGACAACAAAGCGAGGUAUACAAACGAUAAUUUCAUUACAAGGUAGAAAAUCACCUUAUAUUUUACGUGCAAAGGAAUUGAUUUCUCAAGGAUAUAUUGGUGACAUAAAUUCCAUAGAGAUUGCAGGAAAUGGUGGUUGGUUUGGUUACGAAAGACCGCAAAAAUCACCGUCAUAUGUUUAUGAGAUUGGACAUGGGACUGAUUUAGUAACGACGGCAUUUGGCCACACGAUAGAUGUCUUACAAUAUAUAACAGGUUCCUAUUUCUCAACGAUUAAUGCGAUGGUUUUCAAUAAUAUCCCGGAGCAGGAAUUGGUUGAUGAAUUCGGAAAUAGGCUGGGGCAAAGAGUUCCCAAGACGGUGCCGGAUCACCUACUAUUCCAGGGAAGUUUACAGAACGGUAAUGUACCAGUUUCUUGCAGUUUUAAGGGUGGUAAGCCAACAAAGAAAUUCACUAAAAAUCUAGUCAUUGAUAUACAUGGUACGAAGGGUGAUAUAAAGUUAGAAGGUGAUGCAGGUUUCGCGGAAAUCUCCAAUUUAGUAUUAUACUAUAGUGGAGUUAAAGUUGCUGAUGGCAUGGAUUCAAUUGCAAAUGGAAAAACUUCAUACGAUUCUGGAAAGGAAUUGAUGGAAGUGUAUCAUCUUAGGAAUUACAACGCAGUAAUAGGUAAUAUAUUCCGUCUCUACCAAUCAAUAGCAGAUUUUCACUUCAAUACGAAGCAUAUUCCAAAUUUGCCAAAUCAGUUUGUUAUGCAAGGAUUUGAACUAGAAGGGUUCCCUACCUUAAUGGAUGCUUUAUUUUUAUAUAGACUUAUCGAAAAAGUUUACGAAAGUAAUAGCUUAGGUUCAACUUUAAACGUAAGUAAUAUAUGUCAAUAUCCAUAG